UAAACCUAUUUAAAAAAAAUAGAGAUGGGGUCUCGCUAUGUUGCCCAGGCUGGUUUCCAACUCCUGGCCACAAGUGAUCCUCCUGCCAUGGCCUCCCAAAGUGUUGGGAUUACAGGCAUGAGCCACCAUGCCCAGCCAAUAUCCCCAUUUUAUAGAUGAGGAGACUGAGGCAGAAGAGUUGCUUUAAUCGAGGUGGAAGUUGCAGUGAGCCGAGAUUGUGCCUCUGCACUCCAGCCUGGGCGACAGAGCGAGACUCUGUCUAAAAAAAAAAGCCACCCCCUGGAGCAACACAGCAUCAAUACAACCCUCUUUAGUAAGAUGGGCCUUUCACUAGCCGAAGCCAAACAUUAUGGCUCCCCUAAGUUUUUAAUCCAGUUAUUCUUUGGAUAAAAAUAAGUCAUGAGCUCAGGGGAGACGGUGUGUUGGUUUACUCUGCCUCUUGUGCCCCCAGAUGUCUACUGUUGUGGAGCUGAACGUGGGGGGUGAGUUCCACACGACCACCCUGGGUACCCUGAGGAAAUUUCCAGGCUCAAAGUUGGCAGAGAUGUUCUCUAGCUCAGCCAAGGCCUCCAUGGAUGCAGAGGGCCGCUUCUUCAUCGACCGCCCCAGCACCUAUUUCAGACCCAUCCUGGACUACCUGCGCACUGGGCAAGUGCCCACACAGCACAUCCCUGAAGUGUACCGUGAGGCUCAGUUCUAUGAAAUCAAGCCUUUAGUCAAGCUGCUGGAGGACAUGCCGCAGAUCUUUGGUGAGCAGGUGUCUCGGAAGCAGUUUCUCCUGCAAGUGCCGGGCUAUGGCGAGAACCUGGAGCUCAUGGUGCGCCUGGCGCGUGCAGAGGCCAUAACAGCGCGGAAGUCCAGCGUGCUUGUGUGCCUGGUGGAAACGGAGGAGCAGGAUGCAUAUUAUUCAGAGGUCCUGUGUUUUCUGCAGGAUAAGAAGAUGUUCAAGUCCGUUGUCAAGUUUGGGCCCUGGAAGGCAGUGCUAGACAACAGUGACCUCAUGCACUGCCUGGAGAUGGACAUUAAGGCCCAGGGGUACAAGGUAUUCUCCAAGUUCUACCUGACAUACCCCACCAAAAGAAACGAAUUCCAUUUUAACAUUUAUUCAUUCACCUUCACCUGGUGGUGAUACUCAGGAGCAGAGACUAUUACGAGUUCUGGCAUGGCUUAUGAAAUUAAAAGUUGCCAUCAAUGCCAUUUCCCUUUAAUUUCACAAAUAUCAGGCAAUUUCCAGGGUUGGUCUAGAGCCUUGCCCCUAAAUAUUGAUCUCCCAUUUAAGGACUUUCCACUCUAUUGCAACUGACACCACUAUAUUUGCCUAGCAACUUGCAGCUGCUUCCUCUUCAAAGCCUCAUGUAUCU